CCAUUUUUGUCUACAAUUUGUCGAUCUAAAAAUAAUUAAUGGAGGAAGUCCCAUGCUUCCGGCAGACCGAUCAGCCGCCGGAGUUCGGCCGCUACAUCACCGUUCUCAGCAUUGAUGGCGGCGGAAUCAAAGGAAUUCUCCCCGCCGUCAUCCUCGAUUUCCUCGAAUCGCAACUACAGGAGGUAGAUGGGGAGCAAGCGAGAAUCGCCGACUACUUCGACGUGAUUGCCGGAACGAGCACAGGCGGCCUCGUGACGGCGAUGCUCACCGCUCCAAAUCAAAGCAACCGCCCUCUCUACUCCGGCAAGGGCAUCAAGCCUUUCUACCUAGAAAACUGCCCCAAGAUUUUCCCCCAAACACACUCUCUCAUUCCCUACGGAAGACUAGUGAAGUCGUUGCUCGGGCCGUUGUACGACGGAAAGUACCUCCACAGCGUCCUCAAAGACGAGCUGCAGAGCAUCAAGCUCAGCCAAGCCAUCACAGAUGUCAUCAUCCCCGCUUUCGACAUCAAACGGAUGCAGCCGGUCAUUUUCUCCACUUACGAGGCGAAGAGAAAUCCGUUACUGGAUGCUAAUUUCGCGGACAUCUGCAUCAGUACUUCGGCCGCUCCAACGUUUCUCCCCGGGCACGUGUUCACCACCACGGACGGGCAGGGGAAGUCGGUAGAGUAUAAUCUGAUCGACGGUGGCGUCGCUGCAAAUAAUCCCACUCUGAUUGCUAUAACGGAAGUGAUAAGGCAAAUGUUCGACAGCAGCGUUGACUACUUCCGAAUGAAGCCGGUUGACUAUCCUCGGCUUCUGACGAUAUCGAUCGGCACCGGAGCGGCGAGAGUUGACGAGAAAUUCGACAUAAAGCGUGCCUCAAAAUGGGGGAUCCUGGACUGGCUGCUGGAGGGCGGCACCACGCCGUUACUUGAGAUAUUUAGCCAAGCAAGUGCGGAUAUGGUUGAUAUUCACACUUCUCUGUUGUUCCAAGCCCUUCAGUCCCAAGACAAUUACCUCAGGAUCCAGGAUGAUGAGCUGACUGGAAUUGAGAAUUCGGUUGAUAUUGCGACCGAGGAGAACUUGAAAAGGCUUGUGGCAAUAGGUGAAAGGCUGCUGAAUGGUCCAGUUUCAAGAGUCGAUUUGAUUUCUGGCUUAACUGAGCCUGUCAACAAUGGAGGCACUAAUGCAGAAGCUCUCAAGAGAUUUGCUCAUAUAUUGUCGAGUGAAAGGAAACUUCGUUUGGGUUCGAAGAGAAGUGAAAUGCGCAGCACAGUCCCGCAGAUGAGGAUGAGGCAUGCCAAAUUCGGGAAGAGCUUCAAGAUUACCAAUACUCACACCAACACUUUGCGUUCCUAUCCAAUGUGUUCCUUCAAAGCAAUCACACCACGUCUUCAAGUGUUACUAUGAAACAUUGAUUUUAGUGUUAUACCACUUCCCUUCCCUGUUCAUUUUUCAUGUGUGUAAGACCGUACGGUAUUAAUUAUCAACAAAUUAUGAAAUUGGAUGGUUGAAGUUU